CCUAUGUAUAAUUGUUGAGGCUCAAUCAGCCUUACUGUCUGUUAUCGGGAAACUGAAGGGCUGAAGGGCUACAGGCUUACAGCAGGGUUGAUUGUUUUUUUUUUUUUUUUUUAGUAGAACUUAAAAAGAGUGGGGGGAACCAAUGGCCGACGAAUACGGAACAAACAACAAUUCUAGACCAACGCCUAAAUUACCUGGCUUAGGUCAGGUACUUACAACCUUGAAACCCCUCCAACCAACACUACAACAUCAUUUCUGCUGCAUCGUACCUGAAAUAUCACCUAACAUAACACGGCCCAUGAAGAUCUCAUCGGUCUUCUCUGGCCUCGCGGCCCUGGCCCUGGCGAGCGCAGCUAGCACCACCCCCGACCGAACCGUAGCGAUAUACAUCCAGCCCGUAACGGGGUUAAACUCGCCCGCGCCCGCGCCCGCGCCGCUGGCCGAGAUACGAUACAACCCGGGGGCGGCGGCGCCCGAAGCCUCGAUCGCAUGGUACGAGGCGCCAGAGCUGCCGGAGGAGGCGCGGCUGGUGCGCGUCGGGGUGUACGACGCGGCGGGCAAGCGGUGGGCGUCGUCGACGUCGGUGGCGUCGGUCGACAACUUCGGGAAGGGGUACUCGCCGACGCUGGUCCUGUCCGUAGACCAGAGCAGUAGUAGCGGCGAGCCCUUCGGCGUCGCGCUCAAGGGCGUCCGCAUCGACGCCGGGCAGACCCGCGACUUCGGCCCCCGCGCUAUGCUGCUCGUUACCGAGCCCGGCAGGCAGCCCGAGCUCAACAAGCCGAUCGUGCUCUCGCCCGAGGGGAAGACGGUGGUGCCGGAGGAGAAGACGUUCUUCCAGAAGUAUUGGUGGUUGAUAGGUAUCGUGGUUAUGAUGACAUUGAGCGGAGGCGGAGGUGGUGGCGAACAGAGCAAAUAAUAGGUUAGAACGAUGCAUUAGACAGCAGCUACAUACGUUUGAUUGGGGGUUUGAAGAGAUCUGAAUUUUCGGGUUAUAUGGGAUAUCUCCUUGAAUGCUAGAAGUCCUGUUCGUCUUCCCAUCGCCUCCUCCUCGAGCUCCUCUAGAUUCGCUGUGACCAAUCCCAAAUAACACUGGGGGGAGAGCACAAUUCCAUCUUAGGUAGGAUAAACUUUAUAACAUUAAUAUCAAAACCAUCUAUCUAAGACAGGUAUUUACUAUAUGUGUCUCCGUAAAAAGGG